AUGAGUUUAUUACUAGAAUCGUCUGUUUGUCUUUCUUUACCCCCACCAACUGAGUUCCGUUAUAUACCUCGCAGUAUGUCAAACUCUGGUUUAACUUCAGAAGCACAGCUGCGGUACAUUCUAGAAUGGUUCAGAGAAUUUAGUGAACUGCAGAGAGAAGAUUUUCUUCCCAUCCUAGCUGCUGCUCAUCUAGAUAAAGCGGAACAGUUAGCUGCAUCUGUAGCCUCACUGUCAUGCGAAGACAAGCCAAUCAAACUAUUCAACAGCUGGUUCCCAAAUUGGUCUGAUGAAGAGAAAGAUAGACUUGUUAGAGCGGUAUCAGAAAUAGAUUCUGAUUUUGGUAACAAAUUGCAAGAUAUAAUGGCUAAUGGCUUGCAAGUGAAUGGUGAUACCGAAGAGAAAUUUUUUCAAACUACUGCCCCUGAAGUUGAUGAGAAAAUCAUUGAAAAUGAACAAUCAGAGAUUAAAAUCACAUCGGAAACUGUCAAUGUUGAGAUUGCAGCAGCAUCUUAA